UUAAAGACUUGACUUAUCAUUAUGUACAGCGCGGGGGACAUUGUCUGACAUUUUUUUAGUCGGAUUCCCGCUACAAUAUUACGGUGUAUUUGUCAAAAUACGGCGAAAAUGUCGAAGGCAAUUGCUAUUUUCCUUGUCAUUUUCUUCUGUAGAGAUGUUUCAUGUGCUGAGAUUUGCGAGGAAAUCAUCGCUCCGAUGUGUAGAGGUCUCAUCCCAUACAAUAUGACGAAAAUGCCUAACAUGUUCGGACACACCACCCAGGCCCAAGCUUACAGGAGAAUGGAGCGGUACUGGUCAGGAAUGGAUUUACCUUGUUCUAACAACUUCCGGUUAACGAUAUGCGGAGUUUUUUUCCCCCAGUGUGAGAGUGGUGACGGUUACGUGACCACGAAACUCCCGUGUCGGGAAGGUUGUCUGUACGCCAAAAGAGAAUGUCGAAAAUCAUUUAAACAACUGAAUAUGAAAUGGCCUAGCAAAGUGCUGAAGUGUAAGAAACUCAGUCGGAAGAAGUCGAAGAAUUGCGUUAAGCCGUAUCCGAAAGUCAAAACUCCUCCGGUGCCUCAAUAUCUUUACUGCGAACCAAAUCAGAUAGAAAUGUGUAACGGUUUUAACAUCGGAAAGGGUUCCCUACCAAAUUUCUUCCAGCAGGGAAAACCGAAUGAGGUUGCUACGGAAAUGGAGAAUUAUCGUCUGCUUCUCAGGUCGAACUGCAGUCCGAACUUACGAUUCUUUAUUUGUGGUGUUUACAAGCCUUUUUGUCCGUCAAACAAUCGACCAAUUGUUCUGCCGUGCAGGGAGCUUUGUCAGGAAGUCAAGCAGUCCUGCGAAUCAAUCUAUCGCAAGUUGUAUAACGGUAUGAGAUGGCCGUCCAAAUUUCAAUGUCAUCGAUAUCCGCUCUCGAAUUCGACCAUGAUGCCCUGCAAGAUGAGUGACGUCAUCACCGACGAUGAUGAAGAGCCUUUCAUACCGACAAGAAAUUAAAAUUUCUAACAAAAUGCCGAAAGGUUGAUUUUCCUGGUGUGACAUACAAACAUUUCCCCAGAUAUGUAAUUUCCGGGUCCUGUUUUUUGUAAAAGGUCUGGAUCAGAGAAUUCUCCAUUGCUACAUUUUCGUAGCUGUACUGAAGAAUGAUACAUACUUUGUGGCAUUAUCUAUAUAUAUACAUAACGACGGUUUUUAUUGGAUUAUGGUGACCACGUGACGGGUAAUAUCCGGUUUCCCUUCCACUUCCGAGCUUCCUGUAAUACUUUUUCCUUCUGUGCUUCUCUGGAAUAUAGGAAAGUGACAUGACUAUUGAGAUCCGAGUGGCAGAAACAGACGAUAAAAAUACUCUAUAUUCCAAUGUUGUAUUUCUGAUAAAAAUAAGUCUAUUAUUUGGAUAGGUAUUGCGUUGGAGGAAUAUUUCUGUUUGUGAUAUUGGAAAUCUUCAUCCAAAAGAUCUCCAUAAUUAUGGCGCUGACGUGUCUUACGUCAUAUUGUGACGUCAUAAUUAUGGUUAGGGUCGUUUUGCCGGGAUUUAUCAUAUUCAUGACGGUUUUGUUGAAAUGAAAAGAAAAAAUUACCGUAUGAAAGUCGCUAAGCGUGUCUAUAUAGGCCAUUUGUUUGUGGUUCUUCAAAAGAUAACAAAAUAUGUUUUGUAAAUAAUAAGCACUAUUGUCAUAUCAGAUACAAGUUGUAACAAUAGA